AUGAUAAAGCAAGAAAUGAGCAAUCUCGAAUUCAUUAUAAAUAGUGAAACAUUAAAAGAAAAAUUAGAAAUAAAGCCGCCAGGCUUAUUUAAUAAAAAAUAUGUGGUAAAAGAAGGAUCAACGUUUCGUGUUUCAUGUACAUUUAAUGAUGAAAAUUUUAUUGGAACAAAUCAUUUAUCGUGGCGAAAUGAAAAUAAUCGAAAAAUAGACGGCGAAUCAUCAAGCAGUGUAUUUACAAUUGGAUUACAUGAAUACGGUACAAAAAAUAAGAAAUUAUCAUUAGUAUUUACGAAAAUCGCAAAACGCGAUGCGGGAAUUUAUAAAUGUGUUGGAUCAGAUUCAUCUGGAAGAAUUUACCAACGAGACAUUGAAAUUAUUAUUGUUGGUAAAUAA